AUGGACACGCAGGAAGAUACUAUGCCAAUUGAAUCCCUGUUUCGCCCAGCAAAAAAGCGCAAGUUCAUGCGACGACGUCCCGACCAUGAGAUCCUAGACACCGAAGAGGCCGAUAAUCAAAAUGAUAAUCCUGGCGCGUCACAAGCUCUGGGGAGCAAUAAUCUUCGGCGUCCACGCGCAAUUCGAAAGGGCGGCAUUGGGUUUUCUACCGCGUCACGGCUAGGAGAUGAUCAGGGCCAGCAACUAGCGCUAGUACCAGUGGCUGGAGAUACUGAAAACGAGAAGAUACAAGCAAUGAAUGAACGUUUCACGGGAUAUACUGGUCAAACAGUGGAUGUUGACAAACACAUGAUGGCAUUCAUAGAUUCCGAGAUGGCUAAGCGCUACCAGCCUGAAUCAAAGGCAGAUCAUUCAGGUUCCAACCAACCAACCCAGGAGGAAGUUGCCGGGGGAUUGUCGCUACCUGGACACCAGACACGCGAACCUGCGUCGCUAGGCAAACUCCAUGAAAUCGACCUCGGCCAAGAAGCCACAUUGCGAAACAUUGCGCGAACAGAGGCUGCGACUCGACAAAUGACUGAGAAUGGAGGCUUGCCGACAUCGGUUGAUACUGCUCCAGAGACGGGUCGCCCUAACCCAGACGGCAAGUCAUGGCGCAAUCGCAAACAGAGGACAGAUGCAGACAUCGCAAGGGAUCGUCUUGUGGAGGAGGUACUACGUGAGAGCAAAUUGGAAAUCUAUGAUGAACAAGAAGAGGAAACACAGCUUGAUGAUCAACAAGCUGCUGAUGACCGAGUUGCUGAGCAAUUCAGGCGCGACUUUAUGGAUGCGAUGCAGUCUCGGCGUCGGACUCGGCCUGCAGCAAAACCCGUGGCUAAUGUUGAAGCGCCUCGGGGUCCGAAGCUUGGAGGCAGUCGCAGUGCAAGAGCUGCAAUGCGAGAGAAAGAAGCACAGGCGGGAAAGAAAUGA